GUCAACACCUUCAUUUCCAAAUAUUCACACAACCACUUCGCCUUCACUUUUGGAGCAGGAUGUUUAAGCCAUUCAAACCUCCGCUACGUAAGAGCGUGCAGAGUGUUCCAAGGCCAGCUCCAGAUGUAGACCUCACAAUUCCUGAAUCUGACGAUGAAGCGGAGUCCGCCUCCAAACCACCGUACAAAAAGAAACGGUUAAUCCACAUUGUAGACGAUAGUCCACCUCCCGCAAAAGCUUCCAUUUCAUCUGCAGUCAAUGCACCUCGAAAACCAUUGCUGGUCGUCAAAAAUGUGACCGAAUCGAAGAAGGCUACCGAGGGAGGAUUGGAGGGGUAUUACAUGGUAUUAUGGUGAGAGAAUUCCAGGGUGACAUAGCUGGUGAUGUCUGUUCUAACACAUCACAGGCGGAAAUUCACGACCAAGAAGAACAAGACCUGGGAUGGUGAUGGGGUUUUGGCUGUAUACGGUGGUUACGCUCGACUGCAGGACAUAUCUGGACGGGAUAUGGGGAGGACUAUGUACAACGAACCGCUAUUGCCAGGAAGCACGUUGAGCGUUGGGGGCAAGGAUAUCGAAAUCGAUUCUUCCAUGAGCAGAGCGGACUUUUUGGCCGGAAAACCAUUUCUGAAGGCCUCUUCGAAACAUAUGGACACUGUGGAGGCGGAAAAUAUCGUCGUGCCCAAAACCAAAUUGCCAAAGCCUGAGAGUACUUUCAAACCCUUGAAGCCUUCAGUCAUGCCGGAAAAAAAGCUGGAAGUAAAAAAAGAAAUCCCCUCGAAAAGUUUCUAUGCCUCAACAAGCAAAGGUGCCGGAGUCGGAACGAAUUUUAAAAAUCCACUGAUGGCAACGUCUGUCAUGCCACAAAAGAAAGACGGACGUGCAACACCUCGCCACGAUCCAGACGCACCCGGAGCGCUGGUGAUGAAGCGGCCAAGAAGUUGUCCAAAGGGAAAAGAACUCGUUGAUGUGGUCCUGGACCCUUUCUUGGCACAGCAUUUCCGCGACCACCAACGGGAAGGAGUUCAGUUUCUCUACGAGUGUGUCAUGGGAAUGAAGGAUUUUAAUGGUCAGGGUGCUCUUCUGGCUGAUGAAAUGGGAUUGGGAAAAACGCUGCAGACCAUUGCCUUGAUAUGGACACUCCUCAAACAAAAUCCUAUUCAUGGUCAGGGAGGUGUAAUCAAGAAAGCAUUGAUUGUUUGUCCAGUCACUCUGAUCACGAACUGGAAGCAAGAAUUUCAAAAGUGGUUGGGCAAUGAAAGAAUUGGCGUUCUGGUCGCUGAUGACAAGAAAGUACGACUGACAGAUUUCACACAUGGCAAAAGUUAUAGUGUUAUGAUAAUAGGUUACGAAAAACUUCGCUCUGUUCAAGAUGAAAUGUCUAGAGGGGCGGGAAUAGAUCUUGUGGUGGCUGAUGAGGGACAUCGGCUGAAAACCGCCCAAAACAAAUCGGCUCAGGCCAUCAAAUCCUUGAAUACCGAGAGACGGAUCAUUUUAUCUGGAACGCCCAUGCAGAAUGAUCUGUCGGAGUUCUUCGAAAUGGUUGAUUUUGUUAAUCCAGGACUACUGGGUAGUUACAAAACUUUCAAGAAAGAGUUUGAAGGACCUAUCACCAAGAGUAGACAGCCGGAUGCCUCUCAAAGAGACAUCGAAAAGGGAAACGCGCGGGGCGAGGAACUUGCGGCACUUACUAAAGAGUUCAUUUUACGACGAACCUCAGAAGUGAUCGCGAAAUACCUCCCACCCAAAACAGAAUACGUUCUAUUCUGCAAUCCUACCGAAGCUCAAUUACAAGUCUAUCAACACGUGUUACAAAGCUCAGUCUUUGGAAGUAUGUUGGGAAACUCCGAAUCGAGUUUGCAGCUUAUCACCUUGCUGAAGAAGGUAUGCAAUUCGCCAAGCUUGCUUUUGAAGUCGGAUACAAAUGUCCCCAUGAAUGCUAAGAUGGCUGAACUGCUCGAGGCUAUCCCGCCUGAAUUGCUUCGCAGAGCCCCAUUCAAGUCGAGUAGUAAAUUCCGAGUGCUCGAUCAGUUGAUCAAGUAUCUGGCCAAGAAAACGACCGAGAAAAUAGUACUUGUAUCGAACUAUACAGCUACGCUCGAUGUUCUCGGCCAACAUCUCACUACCCUUGGCUUGCCAUUCCUUCGACUCGAUGGAAGUACACCAGCGUCGAGACGUCAAGAUCUCGUCACCACGUUCAACAAAACUCCUGCUUCGAAGAAUUUCGCCUUUCUCCUUUCUGCUAAAUCUGGUGGUACGGGUCUCAAUCUCAUUGGGGCUUCACGUCUUGUGCUUUUCGAUGUCGAUUGGAAUCCUGCCGUCGAUCAACAAGCCAUGGCACGAAUACAUCGUGAUGGGCAAAAGAGGCCGGUGAAGAUCUACAGGUUUUUGAUGGCUGGUGGGAUGGAUGAGAAGAUCUAUCAACGGCAAGUCACCAAGAUUGGGCUCGCUGAUAGUGUUGUUGAUGGCAAGAAGAACGAGUCGAGUUUCUCACCCGAAGAGCUUCGCGAUCUCUUCAGAUUACAGAUCAACGACGGUUGUCGGACUCACGAUCUUCUGGGUUGUAAUUGCAAGGGACUCGGUGCAGAGCCUAUUCCCCUUCCCACCGAACCAGAGUCCGAUGAGGAGCAGGAAGAUGACGCUGUGGAGAUUGAGGAUAGCGAUGAUGAAUUACUCUUUCCGGUGAACCUAUCGAGUAACAAAAUCGUCUCUGGCACGAAAGCAAACGUCUCCAAGAUCGAACAGGACAUCCUGGAUGAGAAAAAGAAAAGCAGUGGGAAGAAGGGUAUGCAAGCUUUGAUGCAAUAUCAACACAUCGAUACCAAGAUCUUCCGCGGCGAAACAGAAGAUGUCUUUGGGUUUGAGAACGAGGAUUUCAAGGAUGUGAAGAAGAUUCUUGGUGAUGAGGCCCUGGUUGAUAUCUUGAAGGAUGAGAGUUGUAAAAUUGGCUUCGUUUUCGCUAAGAAGGCAUAAUCGGAUGGGCGUGUUUGCAUAUUUGGCUUGGGAGUAUGGCUGUGGCAUUUACAUUUUGGCGUUGGGGCAUUUAUAUGAUGUGAUGACUUGCUCUUUUCUUUCCUUUGUAUGGGGACGCUGGGAGAAGCUAGGUUAUAAGUCAUGAGCUUUUCUAAUGUGCAGUGCUACUAGAUAGAGCUACCUAGAUAAUACUAAUUAGUCUUACAAUGAGAGCUUACUUACCAGAUCAAGA